AAGUCGGAUUACAGGAAGCGACACAAAAACUUUGUAGACCGCGUUAUUAGAUAAAUUUCUAUUGGCAUAGUGAUGUCAAAUGACAAGAUUGGUCGAUCGAUUGACUCAUAACUGUCAAAUAUUAGAGUGUUUAAAGCUGGUUUGAAUUGACACGACCAAUAUUGUUUUCUGCACUAAAGACUGAGUUUCUUCAUUGAUAGCAACAACAGUGAAAGAAGAGCAAAAGUGAAUCAGGUUCAAAUAACUAAAACUGUCACAAACAGGAAGACAUAUCAAGGCUAUUAACUCAUGGAAAAUUUAAAUAUUCCGUGUCGUGUAUCAUAUGGCACUAAUGAAUACGUACAAUAUAAUCAUGGCGGAGGAAAAUCAAAACUUAUCAUUUCAGUGCCCCAUGGUGGCUCGAUGAAACCCACUUCGAUACCGAACAGAGAUGAGAGUGACCUUGUGGUGAAGAAUGGUGGGAACAUUAAAGUAUCUGUUAUCAAGGAUUUAUAUACCAAAGAAUUAGGAUUACUACUACGAGACGAAAUCAUCCAGUUGACUUCUUCCGAGCAUGCACCUCAUUUAAUAAUAUGUGAUCUACACCGUUGUAAAAUUGAUGCCAACAGGGGAAUAGAAGAAGCAACGUUACAAAAUGAAGAUGCAAUAAUUGCUUACAAAGAGUACCACGAUUUCCUUUCGUUAGCUGGAAGAACUGUUGACGUUGGUUUGAUGGUUGAUUUACAUGGACAAACACACCCAGAAGAAUGGGUUGAGUUAGGUUAUCUCAUUACAAAAGGAGCCCUUAACCAGGAAUCUUACAACAAGGAGAAAUGCUCAAUGAGAUCACUCUGUACGACAUCAAAGUUUCCUUUAAAAGAUUUAAUUUGCGGAGAUUGCAGUUUAGGCCAUUUUUUACAAAGCGAAGGUGUCAAUACCAUACCCUCUCCAGUCAACCAAAAAACAAAUGGAAACUAUUUUAGAGGGGCCUACAAUAUUUUUGAGCAUGGUUCUAUCAAUACUGGAAGUGUGGAUGCAGUGCAAAUCGAAACACCUCGAAAAUAUAGAAAUAAAGAUGCGGCGCCGGCUUACGCGAAAGCAUUAGCAAGAGCUAUUGUUAAUUUCAUCGAUCUACACUAUGAAAGAAUGUGAAAAGUAAAACUUUUUCAGCUUAAGUACAAAAAUUUUUGGAAUUAAAUUUUCAUCUAUAUUUAUAUUUUAUUUGUUAUAUUUAUACCUA